CAGUGGACGGCCACGUCUCACGGGGACCCUGGGAAGGCCUCUGCCCAACGCCUGUCGCCAGUGGGCACCGAGAGAAGAUCACUUCCCGCUGGACCCUCCCUGGCACAGUCCUGAGGAGGAGGCCUGGGCCUGCGAGAGCCCACAGGAUGAAAGCGAUGCUAUGACGACGACAAAGGCGCAGGGGAUAGCUGAGGGCCUCUGACGACCCUGCCUUGUGCCCUGGAGCUGCUCCUUCUGCCUCGGACAUGGUUGUCCAGGACAGUGCGGACGCCGGGGGCGCCCGGGGGGGCGUGCAGCUGGAGCCCUUCCUGCACCAGGUGGGGGGGCACCUGAGUGUGAUGAAGUACGACGAGGACACCGUGUGCAAGCCCCUCGUCUCCCAGGAGCAGAAGUUCUACGAGUCCCUGCCCCUGGUCAUGAAGCGGUUCACCCCGCAGUACAGAGGCACCAUCACGGUUCACCUACGGAAAGACAGCCUGGGCCAUCUCAGCCUGGUCGCCAGUCCACUGCAGGAGAACCGGGGGCCCUUCGUGGUGUCGGCGGGGGCGGCGGGGGCGCCAUGGCAGCAGCCCCAGCAGACCAGCCAGGGCAGUGGCGGGGCGGGCCCCCUCUCCAGGCGGCAGCACGCCCAGCUGGCACCCCGGCUCGAGGAGAGCCCAGCCACCGAGCUCCUGAGGGCCGAGGCCCGCCUCAGCACCUACGCCUCCUCCGCGGCGGAAGAUGCUGACAGGAACCAGGCGGAGCCGAGGCGCUUGAACCCGUGGGCCCUGCGCUGCCACCAGGCCCACAUGACUCGCCUCUGCACCGAGCACCCGCAGCGCAAGCCGCACAGGUUCCUGCUGUUGGAGAACGUCGUGUCACAGUACACACACCCCUGCGUCCUGGACCUGAAGAUGGGGACCCGGCAGCACGGGGACGACGCCUCCGAGGAGAAGAAGGCCCGCCACAUGACGAAGUGUGCGCACAGCACCUCGGCCUGCCUGGGCGUGCGCAUCUGCGGCAUGCAGGUUUAUCAAACCGAUAAGAAGCACUUUCUCUGCAAAGACAAGUACUAUGGAAGGAAACUCUCCGUCGAGGGCUUCAGACAAGCCCUGCAUCAGUUCCUGCACGAUGGGACCCGCCUCCGGACGGAGCUGCUGGGGCCCAUCCAGGGCCAGCUCCGGGCCCUCCUCUCUGUCAUCAGGAGCCAGAGCUCCUAUCGCUUCUUCUCCAGCUCUCUCCUCAUCAUCUACGAUGGGCAGGAGCCGCCGGAAAGAGCCCUGGGCGGCCUGCGCCCUCAGGAGGCGCCACAGAGGGUGCCUGGCAGCUGUCCCGCAGGUCUCCCCAAGGUUGACAUCCGGAUGAUCGACUUCGCUCACACGACAUACAGGGGCUCCUGGAACGAGCACAGGACCUACGACGGACCAGACUCGGGCUACAUUUUAGGCCUGGAAAACCUCAUCCAGAUCCUGCAGGACAUCCAGGAGGGACAGUGACACUUGUCACGAGACAAGCCGGCCACCCAGUUUUCUGGAGUUGAGAUCUCAAAGGGACCUACUGGUAGUGAGGGUAGUUUAGACACCCCUUACAUGUCUUUGUCAUAACCAUAUUGACGUUCAAAAGCCAUCACUAUACAUGGCAGGCUCUGUCAAGAGCUGCUGAAGAAAUCGGCUCUGGAGAGACCCGGCACACCGGGCGUCCCGUGCUGAUGCUGGUUGCCAAGCCUG